CUACUGUACUGCUUCAAUGUCAACGACCAGCCAUCCGGCGGCUGAUGUGGAUGCAACUCGACAGCAGCUCGAGUUCUAUUACAGCGAUGCAAAUCUAGCACGAAAUGGAUUCCUAAUGCAGCGCAUUCGCGAAAGUCCCGAUGGAUACGUUCCUGUGGCAACUAUCGCAUCGUUCAAUAAGCUGGUCGCCCUCGGGGCGGACGAGUCGCUCAUUUUCGCUGCAGCUCAAGCAUCGCCAGCACUCGAGGUCGAUGCAAACAAAACGGCAGUUCGACGAAGAACACCGAUGCCCGCGGCGUACAAUGCCGACGAUCGCACAAUCUAUGUGGAAGGCUUCCCCAAGACAACGACAAUCGAUCAUCUACGAGCGUUCUUUGAGCCGUAUAGUCACGUUUUGGCCGUUCGAUUGCCAAAGUUUCAUGGCGGCGAUCCAAAAGGGUUUGCAUUUGUCGAGCUAGCGUUGCUUGAAGACGUUGAUCGCGUGUUGCAAGAGCUGAGCGACCGACCAUUUUCGGUGCCGGACGUGCCGUCCGAUCCAAGUCUUGCUGAACCAUUACGAAUCAUGACAUUAGCCGAGUGGUCGGACUUUAAGGAUUCGUACAAGCAAAUAAAAAAGCUCGUGGCCAAGGAGACCAAGAAACAGCGUGCAAAACAAACGCAGCAAGCGCUAGUUCUCCCGCCUGGGCGAGCUGCUGGUCAAGUGAAGAGUGUACAGGAGCCGUAUCGGACUCCAUUUGUCCCAGGCGUGAUUAUUCAGCUCACCGAGCUGUCUCCAGACUCGAGUAAAGCUGGAAUUGCGAAAGAACUUGCGCAUCAUGGGCAAGUCAAAUUUGUCGAGUACACGGCGGGUCAAGCAGUGGCAAGUGUACGCUGCGUUGAUGCCAGCUCUGCGCAGGCCAUUCUCCGAGCAGCCCAUUCGCAAGCUUUUCCGUUCAAAGUUUCUGAACUACGAGGUGGUGCCGAGAAAAAGUUUUGGCAGACGCUUUGGUCGGCUCAGGAUGCCAAACAUUCUAUAAAGCCUGCUGUGAAGAAUGAGCCUUUCAAGAGCGAGGUUGAGCCAGAGCGGCCAGCAAGUCAUACCGCUGCCAGCAAGAGAUCGCUCUCUGAAAGUCUGGAAAGCGAUGCGAUCGUUGCCGCCCAGCCAAGCUCGUCAACGACGACAGAAGCACCUGCUGCCAAAAAACGGCGAACAACACGGCGCAAGAAGAAAUCUCACGGCGCUGCAACUGGAGCGGCAGCACGCGUCCACACGUUCUUUGAGAUCGAGGAGGAGGAGCGCGACGACCAAGGAGAGAAUGAGUAGCUGCUGUGCAAGUUAUGUUGGAGGGGGAUUAGACUCGUUGCUUUGCGUGCGCUGUACCUUCAGCUGGAAUUCAGAAUGUU